GCGCAACACGCCCGGCCGCCUCCGACGACGACCGCUCUCUGCCGCGCAUGACGAAAUAAAUAAUAAACAAUAAUACCACCGCCGCCGAUCACUCGCGUACAUUAUUGUACCAUACAGUCGAGCGUACCCGUCGUUACGUUUUUACAACAUUACACUCCCGACGCAGGCACCACACACGCUCCGCAGUCCGCCGUCGUACCGCUCGCCGACCGACGUAUACCGCUCCACAGCUCUUCAGCACACGCGUUUCCGAACGACAGAGUCCGAUAUCCACGCACACACAAGAUGAAGUGUUUAAGUAUCAUAAUGGUUAGCCUGCUGUUAGUUGCCAUAGCAUUGGUCAGCUCAAACGAAACCGGACUGAACGAACAAUCAUUGAACCGUUUGGCCAGAGCUGCCAAUGGAGGAAAAGAAACCAACUGUCACUAUGAAAAGUCACAGUGGUCGCCGUGUGAUGAAAAAACAAAUGUAAAGGUCCGCACGUUGACACUGAAGAAAGGCGACGAUACAUGCGUGAAGGUCAAGACGAUCGAAAAGAAGUGCAAGAAAGCAUGCCGGUAUGUGAAGGGAACGUGGAGUCAAUGUAACUCGCAUAACGAGAUGAUCAGGACGGACACGCUCAAGGAUCCGUCUACUGAGAACUCAAACUGCGAGAAAACCAGACAGAUCACGAAAAAGUGCAAGAGCAAGGGACGGGGUAAUAAAGGUAACAAGCAAACACGCAACAGACAGUAAGCACGAAAAGUCGCUAUGAACACACGCAAACAAGCGCGUAAAAGUGUAUAACAAAACAAAAAAAAAAAAUAAAAAAACAAAAAUACAAAUAAAUUUCUGUCUCAUCAUCUCCUCUUCUUCCUCGUCCGUCGUGUGUGUAAUCGUUCAAACUUCAAGUAUAACA